AUGGCCGAACAGCAAUCUGAGGAAAGCGCGGAUAGAGCACGGUCUGCUACCAACGGAGGGAAGCUCCCUGUUAAAAACAAGACUAGAAAUCAUUGUGACGCCUCAACCAGCCGAUCGGCCUCCGCGAGGUCCCUGCGGUACUUGUUGAACGAUCUCCAUCAGAACAUUGCGGAUGAAUGGCAAGAGGGAUUUCAGCACGUCCUCCAAGAAGAAAUCACCAGAUCCUUCAGCAAAGCCAACCCGGUGCAGGGUAGCGGCAGAGUGGUGGAGCCAGAGGGAUUGCGGCAGGAGAACCGUCUAAGGAAGGACGGCAAUCAAGUUCGUCUUAUCUAUUACCGAAAGGCGGGAGCACCAUAUGAUGAUGAUCCUUUGGUCCUAGAAAUUAAGGUGGCUAAUCUCAGAGUGAAAAGAGUACUGGUAGACACGGGGAGCUCGUCCGACAUAAUCAGUCUGCAAUGCCUGCAGAAAUUGAAGCAUGAUGCCAGAGCAAUAGAAAAAGUAUUCAUGCCCUUAGUAGGAUUUGAGGGAAGUGUCGUCUGCCCCACUGCCUCCAUCCUGCUUCCUGUCUCCAUUGGCACCCCUCCAGUGACCAAAGAAGGUGUCACUCGAUUUACGAUUGUAGCAAGCCUCACCUCGUUUAAUAUCAUACUCGGUCGUCCAGCACUCAAUGACCUAAAAGCCGUAAUUGUCCCCCAUUUACUGCAAGUUAAGUUUGUGGGAAGCAAUGGACGCAAUGGAGCCCUCUAUGGAAACCAACAACUGGCCAGAGAUUGUUACCUUACUACGUUGGAACCGGCAUCAUGGGGGGCUUCUCCGAAGAAAAACGAAAAGUUGAAGCCACUGAAAAGCCAGCGUAAACUCAAAGAGACACCUAUGGCACAUAGUGCGGACAGACGUCCUAAGCUAGUGGGAGAACACUAUGAUAUAUUCCUAGACCUAACGGACCCGUCUCGAACAGUUCCCAUUGGAAUUCCGCCUGACGAUCCCAUGGCAGCGGUACUGGUACAGCUGCUAAGAGAAUACAAAGAGAUAUUCGCCUUCACGGUAGAAGAGAUGCCAGACAUUAAUCCGGCAGUAGCCGUGCACAAACUGAACGUAGAUAGUGCCAUGAAACCAGUACGACAGAAGAAAAGGAAUCAUGGAGAGGCAAGAAAUUUAGCUGCCGCCGCUGAAGUGCAAAAAUUGAUGGACGCAAGCUUAAUACGUCCAUGUCAGUAUCCAGACUGGGUAGCUAAUGUAGUACUAGUGCCCAAUCCCAAUGGGACGUGGAGGAUGUGCGUCGACUAUACAGAUUUAAAUAAAGCCUGCCCCAAAGACAGCUUUCCAUUGCCAAAGAUAAAUCGCCUCGUUGAUUCAACGGUGGGGCACGCCAUGAUGAGCUUUAUAGACGCCUACUCUGGAUUUUAUCAGAUCCCCUUAUGGCCUGAAGACCAGGAAAAGACUUCAUUUGUCACUGAGCAAGGUCUGUACUGUUACAAGGUGAUGCCGUUCGGCCUGAAAAAUGCACCAGCUACCUUUCAACGCUUGGUGAACACAGUUUUUGCAAAACAACUGGGGAGGAACAUAAAAGCCUAUAUUGAUGAUAUGAUUGUAAAAAGCAAACAAAGGACGGAUCACCUCGGCGAUUUGCGAGAGACCUUCGAGACCCUUAGGGCUUACCAAAUGAGACUCAAUCCAAAGAAAUGCAUUUUCGGAGUCACUUCUGGCAAGUUCCUCAGUUUUCUAAUUGACGAGAGGGGCAAUGAGGCCAAUCCUGACAAGGUACAAGCAGUCAUCACUAUGACGUCCCCAAAGAUAGUUAAAGAUGUGCAACGCUUGACUGGUUGCCUUGCUGCCUUGCGACGAUUUUUGUCUAGAGCUGGAGAUAAGUGUCAUUACUUCUUCAGUACCAUCAAAAAGGGGACCUAG